GCCGCCGUGCAGGGCUUCCCAUGACCUGCGCGCAGCCCCACCUGGCCGAGACGUACGCAGCAGCCAUGCUCUCCGUCCGCGUCCCGCUCGCCACCAUCGCUGACCCGCAGCAGCAGCAUCCCCUCCAGCUCUCGCCUAUGAAGGGGCUCAGCCUGGCAGACAAGGAGAACACUCCCCCGUCCCUCAGCGGGACCCGCGUGCUGGCCAGCAAGACCGCGAGGAGGAUCUUCCAGGAGCCCGCCGAGCCGCAGAAGCCUAAGCUAUCUGCCCCCAGUGUGGAGGAUGAACCACUUCUGAAAGAAAACCCCCGCCGCUUUGUCAUCUUUCCUAUCGAAUACCAUGAUAUUUGGCAGAUGUAUAAGAAAGCUGAGGCUUCCUUUUGGACAGCUGAGGAGGUGGACCUUUCCAAGGACAUUCAGCACUGGGAAGCCCUGAAGCCUGAGGAGAGAUAUUUCAUUUCGCAUGUUCUGGCUUUCUUUGCAGCAAGUGAUGGCAUAGUAAAUGAAAACUUGGUGGAGCGGUUUAGCCAAGAAGUUCAGAUUACGGAAGCCCGUUGUUUCUAUGGCUUCCAAAUUGCCAUGGAAAACAUACAUUCUGAAAUGUAUAGUCUCCUCAUUGACACUUACAUUAAAGAUUCCAAAGAAAGGGAAUUCCUCUUCAAUGCCAUUGAGACAAUGCCUUGUGUAAAGAAGAAGGCAGACUGGGCCUUGUGUUGGAUUGGGGACAAAGAGGCUACGUAUGGGGAACGUGUCGUAGCCUUUGCCGCAGUGGAAGGAAUCUUCUUUUCUGGUUCUUUUGCAUCGAUAUUCUGGCUCAAAAAACGAGGACUGAUGCCCGGCCUCACAUUUUCCAAUGAACUUAUUAGCAGAGACGAGGGUUUACACUGUGACUUUGCCUGCCUGAUGUUCAAACACCUGCUACACAAACCUUCGGAGCAGAGAGUCAAAGAAAUAAUCGUCAAUGCAGUUAGGAUAGAACAGGAGUUCCUCACGGAGGCCCUGCCAGUGAAGCUUAUCGGGAUGAACUGCGCUCUGAUGAAGCAGUACAUCGAAUUCGUGGCAGACAGACUCAUGCUGGAGCUGGGUUUUGGCAAGGUUUUCAGAGUAGAAAAUCCAUUUGACUUUAUGGAGAAUAUUUCACUGGAAGGGAAGACUAACUUCUUUGAGAAGAGAGUAGGCGAGUAUCAGAGGAUGGGAGUGAUGUCCAGUCCGACAGAGAAUUCCUUUACCUUGGAUGCUGACUUCUAAGUGAACUGAAGAUGUGCUCUUAUUUUGCUGAUUUUUCUCUUUUUCCUUCUCAUCAAAAGAGAAAAAAAUCAGCUACUUGAACUGUAUUAACCAGCUACACCAUAAAUCUCCCAUAAAGUUCAUUAAUGGCAUGUUUAAAACUGUGUAGCUACCUCAAAGUCAAUCCUGUUAAUGCUAGGGGGGUCACCUAGAUUGAAAGCGUAGACAGAAGCUACUCGGAUUCUGAUGAAAGAUCUUGUCCAUGUUUGGCGUUCGCAAGCAGGCUGGCUGUACACGACUUCACCCUGGCUCUUAACAGCACCUUCCUUGGCCUCAAAGUGUGGGGAGUCAAGCGAGUUUGAUCCAGCAGGAAUAAACAGUUACUACCACAAGGCAGUAGGAAGACCUCAGACUCACUGCUUCAGAUUUUAAAGCAGAUUUUAAAGUUUACUUAUGAUUUGUAUAUAAAACUGGCACUUUACACACAAAUAAACAUAGUUUGUACUGUCAGGGUGAAGGCUUGAUUUAACCUAAAUUUGUUGGUUUCUACACCAAAUACAAAAGUAUUCUGUUUACCACUAACGGGAGCCAAUUCAAGAUUUACUAGGUGAUCAACGUAGGUUAAACCUGUGUAAACUAAGGGUGUUAUUUUUAUUCUUUCUUUUCUUUGAUGAAUUGAAGAGCUUUUUAACUCAAUCCUGUGCACACUUAGGUAUCAGUAUCAGCCAGGUGGUGCCACAUAGAACACAGGUUCGUCUCGUGUUCUGUAGCCCCUGUUGAGUAUCGCGGGAUAAGAGAUGUGGAGAAAGGAGACUCUUAACGUAGGUCAUUAGGAACUGAAGUGUGAUCCGGACUCACUGUGGGUAACCUGGGUGUGCAUGAGGGGCGGUAUCAUUUAAUUUCUCAAAUUGUAUGUCCCCCAACUUCAAGUUAGUAUGAAAAAAUCCUUGAAGAGUCUUCCUAGCUGGGAUCCAAGAUAUUAACUUUGUAAAUUGGUUUUCAAAUCAUCCUUGAAUGAAAGGGCCCACGUAAGAUCUUUCUCCUAUUAAGCGGUAAAACCAGGACUGAAAUUGCUUCUCCUAAAAGUUCAGUGUUUAUUCUGAUUUUGUUUAAUUUGUGUGUAAGUAGGUACUGUUGACUUAACCAUCUGUACUUUACUUUUAAGUUAGAAAGUUGUUCUACUAUAUUUUUUUUAUAUCAUAUCUGUAGUUCAUACUUUAAAAUAAUUACCCAGUAUUAUUUUGCAGUUCAUAAUUGACUGAGUGGAUAUUGUUCAGUGCAAUUGCUCCUAGGAUUUGCCUAAAUGUGAACAUCAUCUACUGGAUUCUUAAACUUCAGUAGAAAGCUAGUGUUAUGUGAAUAAUAAUACAUGUUCCACUCAAAUAUUAAUUUCAAGAGAAAGUGUAAACUUAAUAGAUAUAUUUAAUAGGGCUAGUUUGAAUCAACCUGCCUUUAUGUUCCCUCCCCCCUCCAAAAACGAUGUUACGUGGAAGGUAAUGCAUGACACACACCGACCCUUUGGCCACGUUUGUUAACACAUUGUGUUGUGUGUUGGCUGACCACUGGCCUGUUCUACUGUCAGUUUUCUUCAUUUAUUGUAUUAAUGUAAAUGGUAAAAUAGUCAAUUUAAAAAUGUCUGUAGCAUGGCACCCUUUUCUACCUUUUAAAUUAUUGUUAUAAAGUUAAUCUAGAUUUUACGGUGGUCCUUACACUUGUGCAACACGAAAAUAAACACCUCGCCUGGCGUUGUCAGGUACAGGUGGCACUGGGAAGCAGAUUUUAGGUUUCUACCUCCCAUUAGCUGUGUGAUGCAAGCACUAGCUUCUGCCAACUAAGAUUCGGUUUUUUAAUGUUUAAAGGGAAACAGAUUUUGUCUAAAGCGUUUCAGAGUCCUGAUACUGAGUACUGCACAGUGUCAAUGAUUUAAAUAAAACCGUUCUCAUGUCA